AUGCCGUCGGGCCCAAUGUGGUCGCGCCUACGAACAGCACGACGAUCCGGGCUAGCCAAGGCCGUUGCCGUGAAACUGGUGGGCUUCGCGACGUGGCUUCCCGUCAUUGCGUGGUUCAACAUGCACGUCGCGGAGCUGACGUCUGUCGACGGCUCAUCCAUGCACCCCUUCCUGAACGCGGGCAAGGACUCGACGCUGCGGAGAGACUUUGUUUGGAAUUACAAGUGGUCGCCGCAGGAAGGGCUGGAGCGAGGCAUGGUUGUGACAUUGAGGAGUCCAUACCAUCCAGAGGUGACGGCCGUCAAGAGGGUGGUUGCGCUGGAGGGGGACGUGGUGAGGACCAAGAAGCCGUAUCCCAUCGCGACGGUCAGGAUACCGCAGGGCCACGUCUGGGUGGAAGGAGACGGACCGCCGGGGUCGAGCCUGGACAGCAACACGUACGGGCCGGUGUCGACGCGGUUGCUGACGGGGAGGAUCACGCACAUUGUCUAUCCGUGGGGGAAGUUUGGGCCGGUCAGGUGGUGGGAGCAUGAGCGCAAGCUGGUGUGGUGA